AUGGCCGUCCUGAGCUCGAUGACUUCCUUAGGAGACGUGCCACCUGGACUGGACAGACUUCAGAUACCAUCUCCUCCAUUAGCUCAAUUCCCCGAAAAAAUAUCUCCACGACAAUUACCAGCGUACAUUCAGCCGUGUCCCGAGCGUUUCACCGAUGCAGAUAUAGCAUAUAUCAGAAGCAAAGGUGCCCUGGAUAUACCUCACGAGAGACUUCGAAAUGAAACGGUCCGAUGUUACUUUGAAUACAUUCAUCCUUUUCUGCCUUUACUCGAUCCGGCGCAGCUCCUCAUAGUGGUUGAUAACAGCAGCAGUGGCCAUCAUUGUUCUGGGCCACAACUGAGUCUACUGCUAUUUCACAGCGUAAUGUUUGCCGCGGUCCCAUUCGUUGACGAGAGCCUUGUCAGGGAAGCAGGAUACGCCAACCUGAAGAUCGCCCGGAAGGCAUUCUUUCAAAAAGCAAAACUUCUGUAUGACAUCGACUUUGAAUACGACAGCAUUACUCUCGUUCAAUCUGUGUUGCUCAUGAGCUUCUGGUCCGACAGGCAAUCUCAGGACGCUCACAAACAAACCUGGCAUUGGGUCAACGUCGCAAUCUCCCUUGCCCAGACGAUCGGACUGAACCAGGAUCCUGAGUCUCUGCCGCUGCCGCGAACGAAGAAGAGUUUGCGCAAACGUCUGUGGUGGUGCUGUUUCAUGCGCGAUCGAGUCAUUGCACUCUACCUGAGUCGUCCGUUACGGAUCCAGGGAGAGGAUUUCGACGUCCCUUUGCCAACCGUCGAGGACAUGGAGAUUGACAGCCCCUCCUCUGCUUCGCUGAGCUCGCACGCGUGCUGCUCGCACCGCCGUCGACUAAUCCAUCUGUCUUGCUACGACCGAACCACGCAGGUUGAGUUGGCAGAGAUUUUCAUCUCCUUCCUCAAGCUCUGCAUCGUGAUAGGAACCAUCCUGUCCGCGCAGUACUCUCCCCUUAGACCGACCUCCGGGACCCGAAACAGAGCUGCAAGGUCGGCUCUGUCGGCAAUGCUCUUCCCCGUUGUCCACAGUCCGGACUCGGAGCAGACUGCCGCAACGCCAACAGAGUCUACUAUAUCACCCCUCGAGUCGACACUCAAAGAUUGGUACGACAAUCUACCUCGUUCAGUCUGCUUCUGGGACCCCCAGCCAUCACUGCGGCGGCCAUCAAUGUGGUCUGAUGUUAUCCAAGACAUCCAACCUGCAAGGGACGGUCAAGAAAUAGGGACGGACGCCUCCAGACCACCGAGCGUGGUGAUCCAACGCGCCAUCCUGCACAUGUGCUACUACACGGCCGUAUCCGCACUGCAUCGCUCCCAGAACAAGUCUCGCCACUCUCAAGAUCAAGUGUCAGAUUCGGCGAGCAACAUCGCCAAAAUCUCUGCCUUUUUAAACCACAGAGGUCUCGUACGCUACCUCCCGGUAACCGCCAUCACCAUGCUGGUCCCCAGCAUCAUCAGCAAUGCUCUCCGCAUCAAAAAGUCGAUAGUCCAGGCAUCAUCACGGCACGGCAGAGGAAAUCCUGCGCCCGACAACGACGAGGAGAUGGCCAGAGCGAGAGACAAUGUUAAUAGCCUGUUGAUUUCUCUCAAGACUCUUCAGCAGGUAUACGUAGCCGCAGACUGGGUGGCGCUCUUGGUGGAGGCCAUGCUUAAUCAUGCUAGGAUAAGGAUCCUGGUGCCCCAACCCAGUCACUUCCGACUAUAUGCCGGAAAUGGAACUAGACAGCGAGCCUUCGAAUUGGACGUCGAAUUUGAUCCAGCAGAGUCUUGCAAGAUAGUGUCCGCGAGGGACAAACCACUGCCGCUUGCCCCCGCGGCUAAUGCACAGCAAAGCCAUGACCUACGGACAGAUCCCACUCUGUUGGCAGACCCGCACAGUACCGAUGUCACCGAGUGUGCCGCUGUCGAGACUGAUAGUUGGCACGAGUUGAUCGAUCCAAGCGCCAACCACGCCUUCGACAUCGGCGGAGAUGAAAGCCUGUGGGACUCCGAGAUCAAUCCUGACAACCACGAUUCGAUGGGACAGUGGAAUUUUGGCAGUAUCGGCAUCGAUGGGUUCGACGAGAACGUCGAUGGCAUGAUACCCUGGGAUGGCACCGAUGUAGACUGGCUUGCCUAA